AGAGUCUGCAACAUCUUAUACAAGAUAUAGAAUAGUGUGAAAGGGAAGCUCGUGUUCAUGUUCAUGUGCAAAAAGCUGUCAUCAAAUAAAGUUUUUUUUUCUUGAAAUAUAAAGACAGGAUCCUUUACUGAAGGGGUUACCAGAGGGAAAAGACAAUAUGGCGGAAGAAGACAAACUUGUCCGUAAACUCUCCUGGGUCAGCCGCAGGAGGACAUCAGCAGUCAGCAAGCCCCAGACCAGGAAGAGUAACAGGGGCACCAGAAUCUUCAGCAGUGAUGCUCAUGGCUCAGCUGCUUUACAGGGUUUUGACCAGUUUCGUUCUGAUGAAACCCUUUGUGACGUGGUCCUGGUGUCAGGAGAAGGAUCUGAGUCAUUCCCUGUCCACAGAGUGCUCAUGGCUUCUUCCAGUGACUACUUCAAGGCAAUGUUCACAGGUGGCAUGAAGGAACAGGAGCUAAAAACAAUCAAGCUUCAAGGGCUGAGUCGUGUCGGUCUGAAGAACAUAAUAGACUUUAUUUACACAGCAAAAGUAGCCCUCAAUAUGGACAACCUCCAGGACACAUUAGAAGCAGCAAGCUUUCUGCAGAUCAUGCCUGUGCUGGACUUCUGUAAAGAACUGCUUAUAAGUGAGGUUACGACAGACAACUGUGUGGAAGUGGGCCGAAUCUCUACCGUCUACCACCUUACAGAAGUGAGCAGCUUCAUCAAUGAGUUUGUCCUCAGGAACUUCUCAGUUCUGUUGAAGGAAGGGCAAUACUUGCAGUUGUCCGAGGAUAGCAUGGCCCAUGCUCUGGCCAGUGACAACCUGAAGAAUUGCACUGAGAUGGAGCUCUUCAAACACACCUGUGAUUGGCUAAAGCAUGACAAAUCCCGCAUAGCACACACCUACAAGCUCAUGAAGAACAUCCGUUUUCCGCUCAUGACCCCCAGUGAGCUGUUGCAAAUAUCCGAUGAAGCAGAUUUCCUGCGGGUGGAAGCAGCCUGUGUCAACCUGCUCCUGGAGGCAAGCAACUACCAGAUGAUGCCUUACAUGCAGCCCAUCAUGCAGACAGAGAGAACACACAUUCGCUCUGAUGCCAACCACCUGGUCACCUUAGGGGGAGUACUACGCCAACAGCUAGUGGUCAGCAAAGAGCUACGGUUGUUUGAUGAAGAUACCAAGAAUUGGAAGGCCCUGAAACCAAUGGAUGUGCCAAGGUACCAGCAUGGCAUUGCUGUGAUUGGCAACUUCCUCUACAUUGUGGGUGGGCAGAGCAACUAUGACACCAAGGGGAAGACAGCAGUGGACAGUGUCUAUAGAUAUGACCCUCGCUUUAACAGGUGGUUGCAGGUGGCCUCCCUUAACGAGAAGAGGACCUUUUUCCACUUGAGUGCCUUGAAAGGAAAACUGUAUGCAGUGGGUGGAAGGAACACAACAGGCGAGAUAGCUAGCGUAGAAUGCUACAACCUUCGCAAUAAUGAGUGGACAUGUGUGGCUCCAAUAAGCGAACCCCAUUAUGGACAUGCUGGAACAGUUCACGGAGAUUUAAUGUACAUCUCAGGAGGCAUUACACAUGACACGUUCCAGAAACAACUGACCUGCUAUGAUCCUGACACCAACACUUGGAGUCGCAAAGCAGACAUGUCCACCCUUCGAGGACUUCACUGCAUGUGCACCAUUGAGGACCGCCUUUAUGUCAUUGGAGGAAACCACUUCCGGGGCACCAACGACUACGAUGAUGUGCUCAGCUGUGAAUAUUACUGUCCAGGAACAGACCAGUGGACAGCCAUUGCACCCAUGCUGAGCGGGCAGAGCGACGUGGGGGUGGCAGUGUUCAAGAGCAAGAUCUAUGUGAUUGGGGGUUACUCGUGGAACAGCCGAUGUAUGGUGGAGAUAGUUCAGUGCUAUGACCCCGAGAAGGAUGAGUGGGAAAAAGUGUUUGAUGUCCUGGAGCCUCUUGGGGGUAUUCGGGCUUGCUCUUUAAUUGUACAUCCACCAGACGACACCGUGGAGUCACAAACACAAGAGUACCCCCUGUCCACCAAGAGCUGAGACAGUAUCGACUCUGGGGUGGUUGGGGCCUGGAGGGUUGGAGAAGAUUCGGUUUGAACAGCUUUCAAAACACUCAUUCUUUUGGUACUGGGGGAACAAAGACCUUUUUGUGAUUGACUUUAUUAGCUGUGUGGAUAUCCAGGCUUAAUUGAAUAUCAGCUGACUUAAUUGUAACUUUACUGUAACUUUACCACAGCGGUAACAUUGCUCAUUCUUCUUUAAAAUAAAGGUUUUUGCAUUACAUAAAUUAUUCAUAUUGUGUCAAAAUGUCAUAUUUCUAUAUUUUUACAUAAACCAAAAGCAUAUAUAUUUUAUUAAAUACAGCAAAUCUCAAUGAAGUGUGUCGAUGAAUCCCAUCUAACAUCAAUUACGUACACUGCUCUGCUCUGCUCUGCUGUGCUCUGCUGCUCUGCUCUGUUGUACUCUGCUCUGUUGCUCUGCUCUGAUCUGCUGUGCAGCUCUGCUGUGCUCUGCUGCUCUGCUCUGCUGCUGUGUUCUGUUCUGCUGAUGCGCUCUGCUGCUGUGCUGCUGUGCUGUGCUGUGCUCUGCUCUGUUCUGCUGUGCUCUGCUCCUUGCCCUGGGUUCGUCAACCUCAAGUGGAGAGACUGCUCCUUUUAUACACCUGUCGCUGGGCUUAAUUGAUUACUAAUUAUACAUUCUGAAUGUGUCUUUGGCAGGGAUAGUAUUAACCCUAUCCCUGCCAAACUGGAAGAACGACAAUAUAACAAUACAUCAUAUACAUACAGGGGCUUGCGCCCUAUCACAGUGACAUUUCGAAAUCUAACAUGAAAUACUGUAGUACUAUCAUGGCUACCGGUAGACUUUUGCGAUAUCAUUUUGUACUUUCUUUGAUUGCAUGAUGUUGAAUAAAAUACCUAAAUUCUG